AUGGCAGCGCCGUGGACACCAGAAGGACGAGUUCCCUACGAGGACCUACGUCGCUCCUCCGACGGCACACCUCUCGAGUUUCAGAACGAUGAGAAGCACCUGUCAUCCGACGAGGCAGAGCCCUUUCGGAAUAGCGAAAAGGUUGCCGAGUACGACGCUUCGAUGUCCCUUCGGCCUGAAGCGACCCAGCCCAAGGUUGCCAUGGAGUACUCGGUGCCCACGACGAAGAAGUUUACGGCACUGUUCAUUUAUUUCCUGUGCAAUGUUGGUCUGACAUUAUACAACAAGGCUGUUCUCGGGUCGUUUCCCUAUCCCUGGCUAUUGACAGCAUUGCACGCCGGAUGCUCGUCAGUAGGAUGUUAUGUUCUGCUGCAUAUUGGCUAUUUCAAGCUCAGUACACUCGCGCCACGGGAUGCUUACGUAUUGUCCGCCUUCUCGUUUCUCUUCACCCUGAACAUUGCCAUCUCGAACGUCUCCUUGGGUAUGGUGUCAAUACCUUUUCACCAGGUCGUACGUGCGACAACUCCACUGGUCACUAUGGGCCUAUAUCGUGUGAUGUACGGACGCACGUAUACUCGAGCCACAUGUCUGUCUCUGAUCCCCGUCAUACUGGGCGUUGCUUUCGCUACGUUCGGCGACUAUUCCUACACAACGUGGAGUUUCCUGGUUACCUUCCUGGGCGUCGUUCUGGGAGCAUUUAAGACCAUCACUACGAAUCAAAUCAUGACAGGCAGUCUCAAGCUUGACCCUCUUGAGUUCUUGCUCCGGAUGUCACCUUUUGCUUGCCUUCAGUCACUCAUCUACAGUGUAUGGUCAGGCGAAAUCUCGAGGAUGCUCGCGGAAAUCGACCAAAUCUCUAGCUACCCUAUGGAUCAGAUAAAGUAUGCCCUUGUUGGUAUACUCAUAAUCUUCUUGGGAAACGGAGUUCUGGCAUUCUGUUUGAAUAUAUCCUCCUUCACCACAAACAAGCUUGUGGGAGCGUUGACCAUGACGGUAUGUGGGAAUGUCAAGCAAUGUAUGACCAUCAUUCUGGGUGUGGUGCUUUUCCACGUCCAUAUUGGGGCAUUGAACGCGUUGGGUCUGUUCAUAACCACGUGUGGUGCCGCGGUAUACAGCUUUGUUGAACUGGCUGGGAAUUCCGCGCGCCAAAAGCAGACUUCAGGUACAGGUGCAGUCUGA